CAGCUGUGUUUUGUUUUGACGAAGGCGGCUCGUUUGCAACAACGAUAGUACAGGUGUUUUUCACGUUUUUCAUGCAAAAAUAACUUUAUAAUAUAAGUUUUUCUGGUUCGUACGGCUUCUGAUUUGUAGGAAAAUACAGUUGUAUACCUUCCGGGUCUGAACACUUCUAAAGACGUCUUCAUACUUCCAUUGCGUUCACAAGUAAAUCGUGGCGACUUCAUCAGAAUCUAAAAGCUUGGAGCUUUAAAAAAACAAAAACACUUAACGUGCGAGCCAGCUGCUACUACAUGUGCCAUAACUUUGCUUGGAUGUCGAGAAUGACCUUUGGACCUCGUUUGAGCUAUUAUCAUUUAUUUACUGAGAUUUACGGUAUUAUUGAGGGGUAAACGAAAUACCCAAAGAGGACCGAAUUGAACAGCGCAGAGCGCUAAGAAUAAUUGAGUUGAACUAGUAGUGACUUACAAAUUGGGAUAUAAUAUCAUAUCCAAUUGGUUGACAAUAACCGUGUUGGCGAUAUCCGCUCAAAUUGUUUAGCAAAAGUACAGCUGUAACGGAAGAAAAUAAUGCGUCAUGCAGAAUGCUCUCAAGGAGGCAAAAAAGAAAAGAAAAGCAUAAAAUAAACCCGUAUUCGACAAUAACAAAACAACUCGUCUGAAUUGUUGGCAUAAGAACACAGAAAGCUUGAACCGGUUCUUGGGAAGAGAGUAUUGCCAUGAGAAGAGGACACGAUCAUUAAUGGGGAUCGCCAUAGUUUCUUUUUAUCGUCAUCGUCUCUGAAGAUUGAUGAAAGCACGCAAACGAAUAACUGUUGCCCUUAGUAGCUAUUUCUGCGAGAAAAAAAAGGCUCCGUUGAUUAUACUCUCACUCUAUUAUCAGCACGGUAUCAGACAGAAGGAACACAGGAGGGCAACCAAACCGGUGCCAGCUCAACUCAACCCAACCAACCAGCCAGCCAACAAUAAUAACAAAGAGAGUAUACCCUCGAAGUGAACCGCGAGGGAGCGCAGUCUGUCAUCAGCUUUCGAACCGGUCGGCGGAAUACGCGGAAUGUAUUUGAUCAUUCGGAGGCGACUGCUCAAAAGCAAACGGUUUUGCUGAGACUUGUUUAGUCUGCUGUUGUCACACUGCACUUGACGAUAAUCGUUCUUUGUGCUUUCAUAGAACCAAGAACAUGAGUCAUUGGAACAAGAAGAGUUCUAUGAUAAAUAUGUUAAUUUGAAUUAGAUUACAAAAGUGCUCUCAAGUCAAUCUUAACUAUAAAAGAAAAAAGUGGAUGGUUCCUUUAUUCCUGGGUGUAUGAAGUUAUAGAAACAAAUCAUUACGACUCUUAAAAUCGGUACCUAUAGCCUCUGAGUGGUGAGAAUCGUGCAAAAAUAAACGAAGCCCAAAAAAGCUUUGCGAAAGUGUACCCGAGCCGAGACAGACCAGUGGUGUGGCGGUCGGUAUUUUGAUUUGUGCCACCCUCCUCUAAUCAUAGCAGCAGCAAAGCAGAGCAAAGAAGAUUACCGAGGCGCAAUUAAAACUACUGGGGCUUUAAUUAAUCCUCGAUCGGGCGAUCUCGACUAUUUGUGUUAGAAGUAGGUAUAAGCAGAAAGGUACAAUUCGCUCGAUUGUUGGUUUGUUUGGUGAAAGAGAGUGAAAAGUUAAUAAAAACAAGUGCAACAUGCCCCGGUGGUUCGAUAUCGACAUACUCAUAGAUGUCUUCUUUCGGACGUUCGUCAUUCCUGGCAUUGUUGUGGCCCUCUGGCUCACCGAUUUAAUAUGUCUGGCAACGUGCAAGAUCGGCAUCCUGGUGUUUGUGAUCGUGUUCAUCAUCCUGCCGCUGAUAUUCAAAUAUUCCUUCGGCCUACAGAAGGGUAUUCUGUUUCUGACCUUUAUCACCUACCCGCCCAAUUUGGAUCUGAAACGGCCGGAAAAAAGUGGGCUCUGUGCGACCCGGAACUUCUACGUCACCUACCGGGACCAGGAGGAGGACAUCGAUGUCGAUCUGGCAGUGUGGCACGUGCUGCCGAACGAUCUAGUGCGGCGCUAUGCGAAACAACUGCAAAUUGAGGAUACUACGCUUGCCAACUUGACGGCACCAGAAGAAGUGAAAGACCAAAUAGAUGAGUUGGCCAACAAAGACACCGGCAAGUAUCGGGAGAUCGAGAAAAUCCUCCAUCGUGACGGGCUGGAUCUGAACGAUGAGGCGACCCAGAAGGAUCUCUUCGAAGCAACGCUACGAGCCGGAACCAAUGACGUUGUGCUCUAUCUGCACGGAAACACUGCUUCCCGGGGGGCUUCUCAUCGGGUGGAGCUGUAUCAACUUUUGCGCAGCCUGAACUACCAUGUGGUGACCAUGGAUUACAGAGGUUACGGAGAUUCGUCUCCGAUUUCGCCUACCGAGCGCGGAGUUGUGUUUGAUGCGUUAGCUGUGUAUCAGUACAUUACCAGUAUUAGUCCGAACCCUGUUUAUCUUUGGGGUCAUUCGUUGGGUACCGGAGUGGCUACCCAUUUACUGUCGCUGCUCACCGAUAUGAGCUUACCUGGGCCAAAGGCGUUGGUUUUAGAGAGUCCCUUCAACAAUAUUCGGGAAGAGAUUUGUGCCCAUCCGUUUUCAAGACUCUACCGCCAUUUGCCCUGGUUCGAUUAUAUGAUCUCAAAACCAAUGUACGCGAACCAACUGAGGUUCGAAUCGGAUCAGCAUAUUGCAGAGUUCCGACAGCCGGUUCUGAUUUUACAUGCUGAAGACGAUGCGGUGGUGCCAUUUGAUUUGGGCUACAAGCUCUACCGCACAGCCUUGGACACACGUGGCAAAUCGUGGGGUCCCGUCGAGUUUCGUCGUUUCGAAAAAACUAGCCAUUAUGGACAUCGGUACAUCUGUCGAGCUCCAAAUCUUCCAGAAAUCGUAAUUAAAUUCUUCCGCACUUAUCGCAACGAACAGUACUGAAGUGAGUUGUUGCAAGACAACAACCCUGUAACCAAAAAUCGAGAGGGACUAAACUCUUCGAGGAAUGACUAUAUUAGGACGAAACCGGGACUAAACAGGUUAGUGUGCCAAUAUUGACAACAUAAAAAAAAAUCUAGCGUGAUCGGGUGAGAAUGAGCUCGAAACCUCACUGGCAAUCGUUGUAUGCAGAGGGCGAGGAAUUAGCGCGUGAAUAUUUUUGUGAUGCUAUCAAACGUAAAAAUGCUAACUAUUCAUAAUACUUAGUGAUAACGUACACAGUCGAUAACAACAACCACUGCUAGUGUUUAGCUAGAAACUACCAAUAAAAGAAAGAAAAAAACGACAAGACUAGAAGCAAAACCUUGAAUUUUUAAGGAUCCAUAUUAUUGAUACAGUUAGACUGUAAGUAAGGCAAUAUGCAAUUACCGAUUAACAACAACUACCUAUUUCUGCUAGAGUAGGAUAACGUGUUUGAAUCCAUUCGUUUAUUCGUUUCGAGAAAAGGACGAAGUGCAAAAACAGAAAUACCUACAAUAAUUUUUUAAAAAUUUCUUCACAAAUUAGGGGUUGCUAUGUAGGAUUAGGUUGUUUUCUUUUAGAGAUGUAAACGCAUUAGAAAUCGUUACUGAUUAUAGAUUAUUUUUUCUCAAAAUUGAA